ACCCCCGCCAGCGCGCCGCCGCCCGCGCCCGCGCCCGUCGAGCCACCCGCCGCACGCCAGCGAUCGCAGGGACCAAGCAAGAUCCCGUAGGCUUUGCGGACGAAGAGGAUGAUGAUGAGGAUGACGUUUUCGAAAACGUUUAUGGCAACAUUGCCUACAUAGACGAGGAUCCGGCGAAUGAAGCGGAGAUGGAGGAGGGAGAGGAGGAAGAGGAGGAAGAGGUCUUUGAGAACGUAUACGCCAAUAUUGACAAGCUGAGGAAAGAGGAACCUGCGACGCGUCCUGAGCCCAUCUACGCGACGGUGCAGAAGAACAGGAAGAAACCCAAAGGCCAGGAUACCGACAAGUACAAGAAGAUGUCGAAGAGAGCCGAGCAGAGGCAGGACCGGCGACCUUUGACCCCCAAGAGACUCGAGGUGCACGACGGCGACUACGAGAACCUGUCGCCGUCGCCCAGGGAAACGUCCCCCGUGGAGUCCGACGACGAGUCCCUCAUAGAUGAGAUUCUCGCUGGUCUGGGAAGUCCGUCCUUCUAUGAGUACUUCACUGCCGUCGACCUCGAGGACUUGGAGGACUCAGAGGAGCAGAGCGUCGUGAGCUUGGAGGCUGAGCUUAUGCGCGAGAUGGCCCUGUCUGAAGGGGACGAAGCGUCGGAUGAACUGGGGGCCCUCAGCGAUACCCCCUCCUCAGAGCGGAGUGACAAAAAGCCGGGCGAGGUGUCGAGGUUCGAGGAGCCCGGGAUGGCCCAGACGCGCCCGGGCCCCGUCACCAUGCAGAAGGCCACCGCCAUCGUGGGCAAGGCCAUCGCGAAGGCCAUGGCGCGCGAGACCUCCGUCAGGGAGUCGCUCAGCAGGUCGGUGACGCCUGAGAUCGGCCAGGACGCCCCCAUGGUCACGCCUGAGCCGUCGGAAGAGGAGGAGGAAACUGUUGGCCAGGCUCCGAUUACCGAUUCUGAAGAUGACGAUCACCUGCGCACGCUAGACACCAUCCCUGAAGAAGAGGAAAUCAGUGAAAUGACUGAAUCGGGUCGGAUCAUCUCCAGAUCAGCGUCCAAGAAUCUGUUCCUUCCCUUCAACCCAACGGACGUCGUCCACCUGAACGCCGUCGGCCGCGGCGUGGCAGCCGCUGGUACUGCCUCCCCACGGCCGACCCCCUCCAGCACCGCCAAGGCUGCGUCGGACGAGAAGGGCGGCGCCCCCUCGGAGGCCGGACGCCCCGCCAGCAUCCCUGAGCGGGCCGACGAGAGCGUUUCCGAGGCGCCGCACAACUACUACAACGACCCGAAGUACAACUACUACAACGCCGCCGCCGGAGCAGAGGACGCCCCCGCCGAGGCUCCGCCGGUCAAGAUUGCCCCCGACGAUUACGAGACCAUGUACGAGGUCAAGCGAGAGCUGGACAGUUUGCGCGACACCAGCGAGGUCACGAUGGGGAAGCUCAAUGCCCUCAUCACAAACGAAGCCCAAGACGCGGGCGACAACGACGACGAAGGUAUCUAUUACGAGGAGGUCGUCCUGAAAUCAGGCAUCGACCCUUCCUCUCAGGCAAAGACCGAAGCUGGGAGUGAACCUUCCACCACUACACCCUCACGCAGGCGCCGACGAAGGCGCCGACGUGGUCGUGGUCAGGGUGAGGGCGGCGAGGCAGGAGCCUCCAGAGCAGACCAAAGUGAACCUUCUGCGCCUGCGUCGUCGGCGUUAUCGUCCGCACCGCCCCCUCAGGCUCCAGCCGACACUGCACCGCCUCCGCCCGAAACGACGGCCUCAGCGUCGCCUGCGGAGCCUUCACCGGCACAAGCUGAGGCCGAAGCGUCACCGUCUGCGUCCAGUCCAGUGCCGCCUACACCAACCGAGACGCCAGCAGAAGCCGCGACUACCAAGGCCGCGGGCGGACGCCGACGGACCAGGUUAUCAGACAGUAAGCCUUAUUCCAUGAUAGAAAUCGUGUCGUCCAAGACCAAGGAGGAGGCGGCAGACUCUUCUCAGCCUGCGGAAGGAGCCGCCUCCACUGCCGCAGGGACAUACACCCGCCGCAGGAGACCCGGAACGGCCGCCGGCGCAGACGACGCAGGACCAUCAUCGACGACCAACCAGUCCUCCUCCGACUACGCCGCUGCCACUGCCUCGACGACCUCUUCGACGAGAACAAGGUCGAGGGCGAGGGUCUCGGAGUCGUCGGGAGACUCUGAAGACGAUGACCGUCCGUCGAGGGUGAGCGAGGAGGAUCCCUCAAAGAUCCCUCAUCUCUUGGUCCAGAUCGAGGGUCUGAAGGCCCGGCAAAAGAAGGAGUCUGACUACCAGGAGGUGAGAGAGCUGAAGGAGCAGAUCCAGCAGAUGAGGAAGCAGCUGGAGGCCAAGAUGGAGGAGGAAGGGAAACGGCCAGACACGCCCGAGACGCCCAAGGACGAGCAUCCGCCGCCCGGGCCGCUGACAGGACCCUUGGAGGCGGCGGAGGAGCAGACCAAGACGACCAGCCCCGAGGAGGAGCAGCUCAACUUCGAUAGAACGGUGCGUCGGUUGCUCGCCGAGGGGCACGCCGGCAGCUACGAGAAGGCGGAGCUGGCGGCGCACCUCAUGAACUUCAGCUUCGACGAGGCCAACUCCCUGCAGGCCGCCGAGGAGUGCUCUUCGAUCUACACGGCCCUGCAGUUCCUCCAGCAGGAGUGCGAGCUGUGCGCCGAGAAGUAUCCUAUGGGGAAGAUGGUGUCUAUGCUGCAGUGUACCCACCGGUGCUGCUGCGAGUGUGCCAAGACCUACUACACUUUCCAGAUCAAGACCAAGAACAUCCGCGACCUCAGGUGCCCCUUCUGUAACGAACCUGAUUUAGAUGCCUGCGAGGAGAUCGCCAAUGAAUACCUGAACAACAUGGACAUCCUUCUGAAGACGAUCCUGGACUCGGAGACGCAUGAACUGUUCCAGAGGAAGUUGCGGGACUGGACGCUCAUGAAGGACCCGAACUUCCGCUGGUGCAAUAAGUGUUCUUCCGGCUUCAUCGCCAACCCUCGCGCCAGGAAGCUCAUCUGCCCCGACUGCAAGGACGUGACCUGUGCGUCCUGUCGCGCCCCGUGGGAGGCGUCUCACGAGGGAAUCAGCUGCGAGGCGUUCGCUCGCUGGAAGAACGACAACGACCUGGAGGCGCAGGCGCAGGGCGUGGCUAAGCACUUGGCAGAGUGCGGGAUCACCUGCCCGAAGUGCAAAUUCACGUACGCGCUGGCCAAAGGCGGCUGCAUGCACUUCACAUGCACGCAGUGCAAGUACGAGUUCUGUUCAGGCUGUGGCCAACCAUUCCGCCAGGGCUCCAAGUGUCCCGUAGGGCCGUACUGCGAGCGCCUGGGCCUCCAUUCCCACCACCCGAGGAACUGCCUCUUCUACCUCCGCGACAAGGAGCCUCACCAACUGCAGAAUCUCCUCAAAGAAGCGGGAAUCACCUACGACACGGAGCCCCCUGAGACGUGGGAACCCGGGAAGUCGUGCCAAGUGCAGGAGCAGAAGGAACUCCCCGACGGCCUGAAGGACGACAUCUGCGGGAGGACUGUGCCCAACGGCUACGCGGGGCUGUGCAGAAUACACUUCGUUGAGUAUUUGGCUUGGUUGAUUUUUAAGAAUAAAAUAGACCCGCUAGAAACUCUAGACGAAGAAGACCUGAGGUUUGUAAUCCGCCGAGAGAACCUGGCGGCACCGAAGCGCAUCCCGUGGGAGUCCAAGGAUGCCUACCGCCAGAAGCUCCUGCAGCUGAUCAAGGAGCACUUACCUCUCGACAGCACCGUAUAGUGUUCUCCUCCUCGCUGCGGUAUCCCUCUGGCCCCUUCAGCUCCCACAUCCGGCGGUGCUGCUGAUGCUCCUGCGUUGUGCAUAGCGUCAGGAGGUCAUGGCGCUGACAUCGCAGCCCGCAACGUCAGACCAAAGAGUAGAGGGCAACACGCGAUGUCUGCCUGACACCGCGAGAUGCCGUAAGAAAGUGGAAGUGCGAAUAUAGAAGAGAAAGUCCUCCACCUGCCCGCCCCACCAGCCUUCACGCCCACAGCCCGGACGCCUGUGAUGUCUCCGUCCCUCCGUCCACCGCCCGCCCUGGAGCGCCGCCCAUCCCCCGCCGCCCAUCCCCCGCUGCGCACGCCAGUGUCGUGCACCUCAACACGACGUAACCAAACUUCACGAUUGUGAAUCAUGAUAAAGACCAGUUUAUUUUGCCCGACGACGACGUGGCGAUUUACCCCGUCGUCAUCUUAGCCAGAGAUGGACGACAAUUCACUCCGAUAUUUAGGCUGUGAUAGAUCAGUCUGGCCUAUCAAGGUGAUAUGUACAGAUAUGUUACCGAGGCGUCGCUGCCUCUUUUUACUACAUGAACUCGACCAGUUGUUACCAAGAUACUUGUAUCGGUAUGCGUGUGUAUUAGAUUCGAUAUGUAUAUGGGCCAUUGUAACUUGAAUAUCAGAUAGUUAUUGUAGGUUGUGUGAGUGAAGAUAUAUUUAUAAGCAGCCCCAUGCCCCCCGCCCCCCUGGCCCCUCCCUCAACAUCAGGUUGCCAGCACCCUCUUCUAACCCUUCACCCCCAGGGGAGUCAGUGUCAAAGAGCAGGUUCUCGCUCUUAAUGCAGCUCACCUGUGGAAAAUUAAGACACCCAACAGGUAUGCUGGAGGUCGGGAUUCAACAUGUGAUGAAUAGACUCGGUUGCGCAGGCAGAUACUCUGUGAUAACAAUAGAUCAGUCAUGAGAAUUAAAUGCGACGCUAGCAGAAGCACCAGACUACUGAGAAGAGGAAAUACGUGUCCAGUACAGCCUUAGACAAUACGUAGUCCUUGAUUCUUUUUAAGUAAUACGUAUUCCCUUAGAAGACUGCACACUAUUUCUCAGUUCAGCAGCAAGAGGUGAGUCAUGUAACAGCUGGCUACGCUUAAUGGUUAUAUAUAUAUGCCUUUACGCACUUUCUAUCAUUCAUAGAAUCAUGAUACUUCAGUGAAAAAAAAUCUAGUGAUGCUUAUCGUAAGGGUUUGGACAGAAAUCGUAAACGUUUUGAUUACUUUUGUGACCAUCUCUAUUUCGAUGUCUUUAUCACCUCUUUGGUUUGUUCGGUCACAUUAUUUUGAUUUUGCCCCCCCCUUAUUUUGAUUUUUUCCCGUUUCCCUACGUAUCCUCUUUCUUUUUUCUUUCCUCCAUUCCUCCCUUCAUCAUCAGAAUCACCAUCAUCCUCAUCACCAUAAGAGCAUGACAAUUUGUUAACUGGCUCGAGAGUUCGAUGACGUCAGAAUUUAUUUCUAUGACGUCACAGCAUACAACACCCUCAUUCAUCAAAACAAGAAUAAAUAGAAACCCAUUCAUAAUCCCGACUACUAUUCCUAUCCUGAUCCUUCACUUCUUCACGUCUCCUUUCAUCUCAAAAGUAGCACUUCUUUGACAUGAUUUUUCUUUUCACAUUCUGAAAUCCAUAAGUUGUAAAGGGUAUUCAAGUUAAUACUUUCUUCCUCUUCCGUGUAGAUUUUGCAAAAGAAAUUCAUCAUUAAAUUCGUAUAGAAGGAAUUACAGAAUACAUUUCUUUAUUCACUAUCUAUAUUAAUUUUCCAGAAACCUGAACUUCAGUUUUCUUCAUUCUUAUUCAUUUAUUUACUUGAUCUAGACAAAAGUUUAUUUAUUUAUCUGGUCAUCUACUUAUCUAGUUGUUUAUUUAUUAAUGUCUUCAUUUUAAGAGAUAUAAGGAUAUACAGUAAUCGGUGAUGGGGGGUGCCAGGGUGGCCAUGUGCCCCCCCCUCCCUCACAUGCCACUAAUCACUCGCUUUAUAUAAAAUUGUUCACAUCCUUGUCUCUCACAUGUAUACAGAGAAUUUGGGACUAAUAAAUGUAUUAUAUCAACUA